AUGGCUGCCUGCAAAGUUGCUCUGGCUGAUUAUCGAAGGAUACAUCUCAGGGCAGUUGGGCUCAAGAAAGGGAUGUUCUUCAAUCCUGACCCUUAUCUUAAGAUGUCCAUUCAGCCAGGGAAGAAGAGCAGUUUCCCUACGUGUGCCCACCACGGCCAGGAGAGAAGGUCCACUAUCAUCAGCAACACCACCAAUCCCAUUUGGCACAGAGAGAAAUACUCCUUUUUUGCACUUUUAACUGAUGUCUUAGAAAUCGAAAUUAAAGACAAAUUUGCCAAGAGCCGCCCUAUCAUCAAACGUUUCCUGGGGAAGCUAACCAUUCCGGUGCAGAGGCUGCUGGAGCGGCAAGCCAUCGGGUAA